AUGCGAUGCGCGAGCAAGGCCGCCGAGAGCGCGUCUGCACGUCUCUGUGCAGACGCCGAAGCAGAAACCGCUGCAACCGAUGUGCCAUCGGUUGCCAUAGCUUCUCAGUCUGUAUCACCUGGUGAUGCAGACGCUCGUCACGAAGACACUCAUGUCUUCUCAGAGUAUGAGCUCGGUGUCUCAUACUCUCCUGAUACGGAAGAGGGAUCCGUAUCGAAGGCGGUUGUAACCAAGCCGCCUGCCAAGCGUGACAUGGAUCAUGCUAUGCGUCGUAGCAUCUUUGGUUCGUCUGACGAAUCAGAUGAACCAUCGCCAAAGCGAAGGAGCUCGAGAACGCGAGACUCGGGCGCUCACAGUGGUGUCGGUUCUCCUAUUGACACCACUUCGCAACGAGGUGCCAGUACUUCUGUCGGCACGUCGCAGGAAGAGCGGGACCGCAGUGUGUUGCGUCUCGCGCCCGAAAAGAAGACAUGGCUGCCUCCAAAUUCAGUCAUGGAUCACUUGUUGGCGACGACAAGUGAUCGCUAUCGAACACGGUUGUUCUAUUCAUCAAGGAUCCAUCACCUUGACCCCAGUGCGAAAGAAUAUCACACUGAGCAUGAACUCUUCGUCGAUGCUUUCUUUAAGCAUCGAUGGUACAGUGGGAAUCACAAACGUGAUGGUCCCUCAAUGCUUCAAGCGUGGAACGCUUACAUCCAUAAUCUUGAGGAUGUAGGUCGUGACGUUUGGAACGACAAACUGUUCAAGGCUCGUGAUAAGUUUGAGAAAAGAACCCCGAUAGCGCGCGCACCUAAGGAGGCUUAUCUCCUUACUAGCCCGUGGUUGCGCGUACGUAUCUCUACUGAGAUGUACGAAGGGUUUGACAACCUAAAUAUCCUUUAUGACCGUGCCGGGAAUACUUUCUAUAGCAGUCCUUCUGUGGCACAGGAUGUGCCGCGUCGUACUGCUCAACCAGACCCAGUACGUCAACCAUCAAUUGGGAGCGGGGCUCCCAAGUAUCCCAGGACGAGGGAUAGCCGCGCCACCGGACGAGAUAACUCGUCCGACGUCCGUUCACGUCGCGGUGGUUCAACAGCUGCUCAACCAGAUAGCGCUGGCCACCGCGAGAGUCCUCUAAUGGAGGUGGAGGAGGAGGAAAGACGCUCUCCACACACUCGUGAGGAUGCGUGUGUUCCCGAAAGCUUCUCUGAUCGCGUAAAUCUUGCGUUACGCGGCGAUCUCGAACACGAGCGGGACAGGCGUCUUCAACUGGCGGACACUGUCUUGAAGCAUCGAGCUGAGUUUGCCUUUGCUCAGCUCGAGAACGAGAGAGCUCUGAAAUCUCUUCGUGACGAGCUAAGGGUAGCUCGUGGGGAUAUUGACUGGUCUCGGGAUGAGAUAACUGCUCUUCAGACCCUUGUCGAUGCCCACCAUCGGGAGCACAAGGCUCUCUGCGAGAUGCUUGAGCGCAAGGGCGUUCUUCAUCGGAAGAAGCAGCGUACUGAUGGUACGGCUUAA